UGUAUCACCGUGGACAUAAAGUCAUCCUCCUGUCAGAACUAGCGUCUGGUCGCUCUGCUCGCCAGGAGCAAACUCUUUACAGGAGGAAACUCAGAGGACAACAUAACUACUGGACGAGACUUUGAGCAAAACAUCAGCGACAAAAUGCCAAAACAAUUUAUGGAUGAAUAUGAGCCGCUACUUCUUAAAGACUUCGAAGAUUCACAGAAGGCAAAGUUUCCAAACUUCUCUCUUCUGCUGGCUUUGUGUGCUGCGUGUAUAGGAGGAACCUUUCAGUAUGGAUAUAAUAUAUCAGUCAUUAACGCACCCACAGUGUAUGUGCAUGACUUCAUCAACCAAACCUGGAAGGAGCGUUUCCAAACCGACAUAUCAGAAGAUGUCCUCACCCUGCUUUGGUCCACCAUUGUGUCUGGGUACACCAUUGGAGGAUUCAUCGGAGCAACCAUCGGCGGGGUGUUAUCCGUGAAGAUGGGGAGGAAAAUGACCCUGUUGGCCAACAACAUAUUUGCAUUAACAGCUGCUCUGCUGCUGGGUCUGAGUUACCCAGCAGGACUGUUUGAAUUACUCAUCAUCGGGCGUCUUUUUACUGGAAUAAAUGCAGGUGUUGCCAUCUGUGUUCAACCGCAGUAUCUGGGGGAAAUAGCCCCGACUUCGCUCCGUGGUGCCAUGGGAAUGGGAACCUCUAUUUUCAUCACUGGCGGGAUCUUGUGUGGACAAAUAGUUGGACUCAAAGAGCUACUGGGAAGAGAAGAGUACUGGCCGAUCCUGCUCGCCAGCACAUGUAUCCCAGCGUUCCUGCAGCUCCUCAUCCUGCCCUGGUUCCCAGAGAGUCCACGUUACCUGCUCAUUGACAGAGGAGAUGAAGAGGGAUGCAAGAAAGCCCUGAAGCAACUGCACGGCGCUAACUGUGAUCAAGAAUGGGAGGAUGUCUACCAGGAGAGGACUAAUCUAGUAGGUCUCAAGGCUAAUUCACCCUGGGAGCUCUUACGUGAUCGAAGUGUCCGCUGGCAGCUUCUCACCAUCAUACUGCUCAACACAGCACAACAGAUGAACGGCAUCAACGCUAUUUAUUUCUAUGCAGAUUACUUGUUCAAACAAGCUGGUAUUCCCAGUGAUAAAAUACCAUAUGUGACCAUCGGCACCGGCGGCUGUGAAUGCAUCACGGCUUUGACAUGUGGUAUGCUCAUUGAUCGUCUGGGAAGGAAGGCGCUCAUCGGAGGAGGAUACUCGCUGAUGUGCAUCUGCUGCAUAUUAUUCACGCUGACGCUCACUUUUCAGGAUGCCAGCCCAAUUAUUCCGUAUCUGAGCAUGGCGUGUGUGUUUGCUUUCAUCCUGAGUUUUGGCCUUGGACCAGGUGGCGUGACUAACAUCUUGACUGCUGAGCUAUUCACCCAAACCUCACGGUCUGCAGCGUACAUAAUCUCAGGGUCAGUGAACUGGUUCAGCUUCUUCUUCAUCGGCUUGGUCUUCCCUUUUAUUGUGCUCGGGCUGCAGCAGUACUGUUUCCUGGUGUUCUUGGCUAUCUGCUUCUCAAUGGCGAUUUACAUCUUCCUUGUUAUUCCCGAGACCAAGAACAAAACCUUCCUGGAAAUCCACAAUGAAUUCCAAUCACCCAACAACAGAGCAGUCAAUCACACUGGUGACGCUGUGACGAUGCUGUCAGCAACAUCAAGCAUAUAAAGCCU